AUGACACCCCUUCCCAAAUCCUGCUUGGCUCUGCAGAUCUCAACCAGCGUGUGCAGCACCAGAGGCAGUUCAUUUAGUGUAGACAUUCUGCAGUUCAGCAUGCCCUUACCAAGGCGCAGGGCUUCCUUUUUGGGGCAACAGCCCUCUACAUGCACAGCAGACAGCUCUGGUGCCACCAGCCGUAGGGUUAGUAUUGGUGGAGGAGGAGGUCUCUCAAGGCCAUCAGGUGUUUAUGUGGGUAUUGCACCUACAGGAGGUGUGAGCAAUCUGGGCACCCGGGUGUCUCGCAGAGCUCUGGGUAUAAGCAGUGUCUUCUUGCAAGGCCUCCGUAGUUCUUGCUCAGCUAUACCGUUGCCCCAAGGGCUGGAAAGGGGACGAGGCCUAUCCUAUGAGAGCCUGAAUGAGUGCCUGGUGGACUACAUUGAAAAGGUGAGAGCUUUAGAGCAGGUGAACCAGGAACUUGAGGACCACAUCCGCAUUUACCUGACCAAGAAGUCUUCUAAUGCCAGUAACUGGGCAGCCCUGAGAGAGAGCUGGGAGACCAUCUGCCACCAAGUUGGGGAUGCAGUCCUAGAAAAUGCUCGGCUUAUGUUACAGACAGAAGAUGUUCAAGCCUGUGCCGAAGAUGUUAAAGACAGAUUUGAAAAUGAACAGCUAUUCCGAAAGGCAGUGGAAGAUGAAAUUAACUCUCUCUAUAAAGUGAUUGACGAUGCUAACUUGACUAAAGUGGAUCUGGAGAGCCAGAUCGAAAGUAUGAAAGAAGAACUUACUUUACUGUCAAAGAGCCAUGAUGAGGAUGUCAAGAUGCUUUACAAGCAACUGGCUGUCUCACCGUUGGAAGAAUUAAAGGCUCCCACUGGAAUAGGCCUGGAUGACAUCUUGGAGAAAAUCCGGAUUUACUGGGAAAAGGAUAUUGAACAGAACCGUACUGAAACUGAUGUCUUGCUCCACACUAAGCAACCCACAGAAACAGUACCAACUGUACGAACCCAAGAAGAGGAAAUGGCUGAAACCCUGAGGGCAGAAUUUCAUGAGAUAGCUUGCAAAAUACAAAGCCUACAAGCAGAGACUGAAUCCUUGAGAACCCUUAAGAGAGGUUUGGAGAACUCCCUUUAUGAUGCCAAACACUGGCAUGACAUAGAGCUUCAGAAUUUAGGCUCUGUCAUUACCAAGCUGGAAGCAGAAGUAGGAGAAAUCCGAGCGGAAACUGGACAGCAGCAAAGGGAUCGUGAAACUCUGGUGACCAUUAAGAUACAACUGGAGAAAGACAUUGCUGCGUAUCACUGCCUCCUAGACAAAGAAGAAAGCAGGCUUGAAACCUUGAAUUUGAUCAGUAUUUUCUGCCAAGGAAACCCUGUGCUCUUUGCUCCUCCUUACACUUCGAAUUCACCAGGAGCCCCUUUCACACUAUACAGCUGAUUUUCACAUUCUUUGUCUUCAGAAGACAACUGUUGUCAUUCAGAGCAAAAGAUGAUCUCACUGGCAAAAGUGUCCAUGGAAACAAUGGUAGUCAACACAGAGCGCUUGAUUUCUCAAUCUAUGUAGGCCAUAGCUUGACCUAGGCACCACCACGUAUGAUUGCUUUGCAUAUAAGUUUCAAUACAUCCAUCAUUAUUAUAGAAUAAAAUUUAAGUUUCAAUUA